AAAUUUCUAGAACUUUUCACUUCAGCAACAUGCAACUUGCUACUAUUUGUUUUGUUAUAAUGCUACAAGCUGGAAUAAAUGAGUGCGGCCUAAAAAGUCACGCUGAACUAAUACGCUUAGCCAUAAAGGCGGAUAAUAAGAUUAAGGAUCUCAUCCAUAAAGUUUCAGGUUUCGUAAAGGGCAACUCAGAGUUUAAAGAAAACUACGAAAACCUAAGGAUCCCAUUGAUGGAAAAUUAUACAAGUUUGCCAACAAAAUUAGCGCAUAUUCGAGAAUUUAAAGCUUACAACAUGGAAAGACUUCACUUAGAGCAAAGAAUCAUAUCAGAAAUUUCAAAGCUACAUACACCAAUAUCAGAAGAUUGCGACAAGCUUAGUGCAAACGUUCGUAAGCAUCUGUUUUUAAUGUUGGUUGCUGCCAAUAAAAAAAAGAUUGAUGCCUUAGAAAACAUUAAAAAAGGAACUUGCCGAAGGGAAUCAAGCAGCCAUAAAACACCUUCCUCCGUUUCGGUCAUCCCUUACAUUCCUACAACAAAAAUAGCCGGAACUUCAAAUAAGAUCGUCAAUAUUCUGCAAACCAGAAGUAAGUCCUCAAUGUUUACAGAAUCAAGUUUGACUAACCGAACGAUCACAUUUUCCAAGUUUUUUUAUCCGAGUUCACUCCCAACAUUUACGACAAAAAACAUUUGUAAAAGCUCGAUUAAUGACUUUGACCAUUGCCUACCUACCGAAAAGAACAUGGCAUACACCUCUGGCAUACCUUCUGAUUUAACUGAAGAUCCGACUCACCAUACAUCUACAGCUUGCGAAACACAUGGGCCUUUGUCUUGCCGAAAAUUUGUUAUUAUUUCAUUAUUCCCUGGAGAAUGUUGCUGUCAGAAUACCAAGAUAUACAAAAUUAAAGAAAAAUAAAAUUUAGUUCUUAUUUGAAUCGU